AUGUCGGCCAAACCCACGACCAAGAAGUUCGGGAAGUCGAGCCGGGACGUUCCCGCUCACUCAGAGAAGGCCCAAAAAUGGUACCCUGCCGACGACGAGAGCGCGCCUAAGCAGGUCCGCAAGUCCAUCCGCCCUUGGGCUCCCCGCAAGUCUCUGCAGCCUGGUACCGUUUUGAUCCUGCUCGCUGGUCGCUUCCGUGGCAAGCGUGUUGUCCUCCUCAAGGCUCUCGACCAGGGUGUCCUCCUCGUCACCGGCCCCUUCAAGAUCAAUGGUGUUCCUCUGCGACGAGUCAACUCCCGAUACGUCAUCGCCACCUCCCUGAAGGUGGACGUUUCUGGCCUUGACACUAAGAAGAUUGAGGAGAUUGCCCAGCCCAAGUACUUCACAGCCGAGAAGGCCAAGGAAAAGGCUGGCGAGGAGGCUUUCUUCAAGCAGGGAGAGAAGGCUGAGAAGAAGAAGAUCAACAGCAGCCGUGCCGCAGAUCAGAAGGCCGUCGACAAGGCCCUGAUUGCCAACAUCAAGAAGGUCGACAUGCUUGCCAGCUACCUCGCAAGCUCUUUCAGCUUGCGCAAGGGUGACAAACCCCACGAGAUGGCCUGGUAG